GACGGCCGCUCUCUUAAGUCUUAAGAAAUCCUUUAUAGUUCAGAAAUCGUGAACAUUUGUGCUCGAACAUGUAUUUCAAACUGACGCUUUCUCUGCUCGCGGUACUGGCCACGGCGUACGCCGGAAGCCUUUUAGAUGUUUUAAAUUUGGACGCAAAAAAGGUGAUAGAAGUUCCGGAGCUACGCGAUGACCAACCCAACAGAAACUGCCUUUGCAAAGGACCAGCCUGUGUUUGCUGUGUCGAUUUCAACAUCACAGUCGUCGAUCUUGGAGGACCAGGUUGUGUGCACAUGAAAUAUCUGUCUCCGGACGAAGGAUUCUCCGUCAAAGUUUCAUAUGGAAAAAAUCUUCUGCAUAGUUCAAAAAUUCAAGGUUCAAACCCAGCACCAAUCUGUCUCGAAGUUUUCGGGAAAUUCGUACAGCUCUGCGCAAAAUUCAGUGAUCUCGCUCCAACGUCGGAAGGUCUGAGAGGUUGUCUUGAACUGGAGCCUACAUUCCUCGGAGAGGAACAGAUAGACUUCCCCAUUGGCUGCUUUAAGUCUAAGGAAGGCGGCAUGGAAAUGGAAGACCCUCCGGCGGAACCAGAAACUAACAACGAAGAAGAGGUGAGCAGUAACAACGAAACUUCUGGAUUUGACGCCGAGUCGUUCUUACUGAGCAUUUAUCAGACAGCUGAGCAAGGCGUGGCCUUACUCGGUAGUCUUCUAGAUAUACCAUCAAAAGUCAACGCGACUAAACCAUCGCAGCCAGUUACCACAAGCGCAACCCCAGAACCAGAAAAUACUCAAAGAAGAUCUAAACAACUCAAACAUCCGAACCAACUGUGAUAUUUAAAUCUAUAACGUAUUCCUAAUACAUUUAAGUACAAAACAGCAUUUCUUAGAAUGUAAAUUUGCUUGCCAGCGUGUGGUAGAAUAUUCGACGCUUCUA